AUGAGUGAUUUCUAUAUGAAUGUUGAUCUAGAUGUUGAAUAUGUUGAUAGAGGAAAAGGUGUUGAGACUGAAAAUGAAGUUAUUGAUACAGAAGAUGUUGAAGAUGUUGAAGUAAUUGAUAAUGAUGAAUGGGACUCAUUAGGUGAAGAUAGUGACGAUGAAAGAAGUAAAGCAAUAUUAAAACAGAUGGUGAAGGAGAAGAAAUGCUCUCUUGGUGAAGUCCAUGCAGUAACUUUUCAAGUGGGUCAAAAGUAUAAAAGUAAAAAGGAAAUUAAGGACAAAGUCAACAAACUUGCCAUUGAGACUAGAAGGAAUCUUGGCUUCAAGAAAAACGACAAAACAAGGCUUAGGGUUGUGUGUAAAGGUAAUGUACCUAAUGUAAAUGCAAGUGGGGUAGGUAAGGGCAAUAAAUUAAAUUGUUCUUGGUCAAUGCAGACUUCACGGUCAAAAGAUAGUGAUUAUUGGUAUGUGAAAACUUUACUGGACAAACAUACUUGUGUUCAAACUAGAAAACUUAGGGCUUGCACUGCGAAGUAUAUAUCUGCAGAAAUCUUAGACAUGGUCGAGUCUAACCCUACAGUACCCCUUCGAAGCAUUCAAGACCAAGUUCAGAAGAGGCUUCAAGUUGGUGUGUCCAUACACAAAGUACAGAGGGCAAAAGCAACAGCUACAAAGCAAGUGAGUGGUGACUACACAAAGCAAUACGAGGUGUUAAGAGAUUAUCUUAUGGAACUACAAACAACUAAUGUGGGUACAACUGUGAAGCUUGAGGUUGUUAAUGAGCCUAACAGUGCUAGAGAAACAAGGCAGUUUAAAAGGGUGUAUAUUUGCUUAGGGGCAUUAAAAAAAGGGUUUAAAGCAGGCUUAAGAGAUAUUCUGGGACUAGAUGGUGCUUUUAUGAAAGGACCAUUUCCAGGCCAAGUACUCACAGCAGUUGGAUUGGAUUCAAAUAACGACAUAUACCCACUUGCAUAUGCCAUUGUUGAGACUGAAAAUAUGAGUAGCUGGAAAUGGUUUCUAGAAUGCUUGGGAGAUGACUUAGAGUUGUACUCAAAUUCUAACUUUACUUUCAUGAGUGAUAGACAAAAGGGACUCUUACCUGCUAUUGCACAACUAUACCCACAGGCUGAGCAUCGAUUCUGUCUAAGACAUAUUUAUGAGAACAUGAGGAAAAAUGGAAAACAAAAGAGCAGAGCAGGAUCAGAUAUAUUGCUCAACAAUUUGUGUGAGGUUUUCAACAGUAAGCUUAUUCAUGGUAGGAAUAAGCCCAUCAUAAGUUGUCUUGAGUACAUCAGGCAGUACCUUAUGAAGAGGAUCUACAAUGUGAAGAAAGUGAUGUCCAAAGCUCCAGGUCCACUUACUCCAACAGCAUCAAAGUUACUUGAGAGAAAUAGGGAAGCUUCAGUCCAAUAUAGAGCUAGAUGGAAUGGGACUGCAAAGUAUGAAGUUUAUGGUCCUUGGCAUGACCAACAUGUGGUUGACAUGACAAAUAUGUCAUGUACAUGUAGAAGGUGGGAAUUGAAUAGGAUUCCAUGCAGACAUGCCAUAGCUACAAUACAUGAAAUGGAUGAUAGUGGCGACAAAGUUGGGGAGCUUUACACUUAUGUCAACAAAGUGUAUUGGCUUCAAACAUGGAAUGAAGCUUACUCUUACACUGUGAACCCUAUAAAGGGUAGAGCCAUGUGGCCAAAAAGUACCUGUCCAUUUCAAUUAACACCACCACCACAUCACAAUCAACCUGGGAGACCUAAGACCGAGAGAAAGAGAAGUGCAGAUGAAAAAUAUGAUAAACAGAUGCAAAAUCAUGGUGCAGGUGAACCUGAAAAACUUACCAGAAAGUUUGUUAGUGUCAGGUGUGGGAAAUGCAACAAUAGGGGUCAUAACUCAAGGACAUGCAAGGGUCAAGGUGGGAAUGCAGGAAGCAAUGAAGGAGGGAAUGCAGGAAGCAGUCAAGGAGGGAAUGCAUGA